UCUCUCCCCACGCAGUCGGCAGUCCCGCUCCCAGAGGCGCAGCGCAGUCAAAAAAGACAUUAAAGCGGUUACUCCGCUGCCCCAACCACUCCGCCUCGUGCUUUUAUUGCUCGCCCUGCUGCCGCCGGUGCCAGUCGCCAGGCCCCGUCCCGAGCACUGUAAAGCACAGCAGUAACAAUGGAGGAUGGCUGCUCGAUUGAUCUCUCUCCCUGGUGGUGAGGUGUAGCGGUAGCCGGUGGGCAGCAGCUGGGUAGCGUUGGCUCGGCUGCGCGAGCGUCCGUCACCCCGCCGACGGGCCAUUACUCGCUUGCAGGUGGAGGAGGCCCGUCGCCGUCUCGCGGCUCGCUUGCUGGGGGAGGCGGGUGAGAGAUCCCAUGUGCAUUGGGGCCCUGAAGCAAGCAGCAGCAGCGGCAGCCAGCGUCUCUCGCGCCGCGGGCAGCCGCGCGUCUCACCUGCCACGUCUCUCCCUCCCUUAAUUCUUGCCCGCUCCUGACCUUGGGGGUGAGCAAGGAGGUGGGGAAGCUCCUGCGGCGGUGGUUCUUGGGGAGACCCUCGGCGGCCGGCAUUCAGGAAACUGUCCUGUGAGAUCAAUAAAAGCAAAGUUCAUUCAACGAACAAUUUUGCUGCUGCGAUUCUCCACCCUGCCUUUCAAUAUCAAAAUCCUGGCUGAAACUCUGAAACUCCUGGUUGAGAAAUUGGAAAGCGUACAACUUGCCAAUAAUACACAGGCAGACAGUUGAAAGAAGAUACAGUCUGGGCACAAAGCUGGGCUGCAAUGGCUUGGCAGUUAAGUGCCCUUGUGAUGGCCAUAACCUGUUUGAUGUUAUGCCGAACAAGCGAGCAGUCCUCAGAAAGUGAGCUGCUGCAGCAGCUCAGGAAGCAGCUGGAGUACCCUAGGCAGCUGGAAGUCUGGAACAACCCAAGUGGCAACCCCUGCUACACUCAGCCCACUUCGGUGGUCACCGUAACGUGCGAGGGGGAUGCCGUUACGGAGCUCAAGAUCGUCGGUGAUAGGAUCACCAAGCCACCAAAGUUCAGUGGCUAUCCUCUUCCAAAUGUUAGCCUCUCUGAAGCCUUUGUUAUCGACUCAUUUGUCACUACGCUGACAAGGUUAACUACCUUGCGGGUUGUGAUCCUGGUGUCUUUGGGCUUAUGGGGCCCUCUCCCCGACAAGAUUCACCGGCUGUCUUCGCUUCAAGUGCUUGACCUGAGCUCAAAUUUUCUGUAUGGAUCGAUCCCUCCGAAGCUGUCGGCCAUGUCGAGGCUUCAGACCCUGACACUGGAUGGUAACUACUUCAAUGGAACUGUGCCAGACUGGUUUGGUUCGCUCUCGAACCUCACGGUCCUUCGUUUGCAGCGUAACCGGUUGAAGGGGUCAAUACCAGCAUCAGUUGGUAAAGCUACAAUGCUUACCGAGCUAGCUCUUGCUGGCAACAAUAUCUCAGGCGAGGUUCCAGCUUUGGGUAGUUUGGUAAAACUUGAGAUGUUGGAUUUGAGGGACAACGAGUUGGACGGAGAGCUUCCAGACAUGCCUACAGCAUUGGUGACAGUCCUGCUUAGCAAGAACUCAUUCAAGGGUGAAAUUCCUGAAAAGUUUGGUCAACUGAAAAGGCUCCAACACCUUGAUCUCUCAUUCAACUUUCUCGAGGGCAGUCCUCCUGAAGAACUCUUUGAUCUCCCAAACAUCAGUUACUUGAACCUGGCAGCAAACAUGCUCAGCGGAUCACUUUCGAGUAGUUUAACAUGCAGCAGCACCCUGGGCUUUGUGGAUCUGUCUACUAACCGAAUCACAGGUGACCUGCCUGCUUGUCUAAGCGCCAACUUGAAUAACAGGGUUGUUAAGUUUGACGGGAAUUGCUUUAGUGCUGACCCUGAACACCAGCAUGAGGCUAACUAUUGUCAACAACCUCAUAAGGGGGGAAGAUCAGGCAAGGAUGUUGGACUUGUGGUUACUAUUGUCGGUAUAGUGCUGAUUGUGCUUGUUCUUUCUCUUCUACUAAUGGCAUCAAACAAAAGAAACUGUCAGAGAGUUACAGCAGAACAACAGUUGCUGCAAAAGCAAAUGCAAGAUAAUUCGACUCCAGGAAUGUCCUCCGAACUGCUAGAAAGUGCAAGGUACAUAUCUCAAGCCGUGAAGUUUGGGUCGCAAAUAAUGCCCACACAUCGUGUAUUUUCUUUAGAAGAGCUGAAAGAAGCAACAAAAUGCUUUGAACGGUCAGCAUUUUUAGGCGAGGGAUCCAUUGGAAAGCUAUACAAGGGAAAACUAGAGAAUGGAACCGUGAUUGCGAUAAGAUGUUUGGCAUUGCACCACAGAUAUUCAAUAAGAAAUCUAAAGCUUCGAUUAGAUCUACUCGCGAAGCUUCGCCACCCAAAUUUGGUUUGCCUCUUGGGGCACUGUACUGACAACGCAGUUGAUGAGUCAAGUGUAAAAAGGGUCUUUCUUGUUUAUGAAUAUGUACCUAAUGGGACUCUGUCUUCUUAUCUUUCUGGCUCUACUCCUGAGAAAACACUGAAAUGGUGUGAUAGACUACAUGUGCUGAUCGGCAUUGCAAGGGCUGUUCAUUUCUUACAUACAGGAAUAAUUCCUGGUUCCUUAUAUAAUCGGUUGAAAACUUCUAAUAUUUUGCUUGAUGAACACCAUAUUGCAAAACUGAGUGACUACGGUUUGUCCAUAAUCACAGAGGAGAUAUACAAACAUGAGGCAAUAGGAGAAGGGCAGAGAUACAUACAAAAUAACGCUGAAGAAUUGGAAACUUUGCAGGAUGAUGUAUGUUCUUUUGGUUGCAUUAUACUUGAAGCACUUAUGGGCUCCAAAUUACAUAGAAAAGGAGAUCCUUUUAUUUUAAGUGAACUGGUUAUGUCUCUAUCAUGCCAGGAAGAGCGUGAGCACGUUCUGGAUCCGGUCGUGCUCGGGACCUCAUCGCAGGACUCACUGUCAAUGGUGGUCUCCAUCACGAUCAAAUGCCUAUCCGUUGAAUCCUCAACCCGGCCCUCCAUCGAAGAGGUUCUCUGGAACCUGCAGUACGCCGCGCAGGUCCAGGCGACGGCCGACGGUGAUCUGAGAUCAGAAGUUUCUUCGCAAGCCUGUUAGCACAAGUGAGCAGCAUAGCGGCAUGGAAACCAUGACCGGCCGUUUGCUCAGCAGACCAGGAAAUGACUAAGCUAACUUUUUGCAUUGCGCAUUUGCUCAGCACCAUUUGUAUAUCAGUACAGGUUGAUUAGCAUCGCAAAUUCCCGCUUGUUUUUUGCA